AUGUUACAAACUUUUCCUGAAAAUGGUUCUGUAUUUGAAAGACUAAAUGCUAUGCAUGAUAGUAAUUCAUCAACUAAAGACACACUUAAUUCAAACAAUAGUGAUGAUAUAAAUAAUAUUAUUGAUAUAUAUGAUAACCAUAUUACAGAUACCUUUGUUCUGAAUCUUAUGUCUAAAGAGACUAAAGA